AUUGAGAAGCGAAGACGAGAGAAGAUGAACACGUAUAUCAACGAGUUGUCAGCAUUGGUUCCUGAGUGUGUGCAGACGAACAAGAGAAUGGAUAAACUGACAGUUUUAAAGUUGGCUGUUCGGCAUCUGAGAGAGCUGAGAGGUAAUCCAUUAGAUGAUGAGCAGCUGCAAGUCAAGCCACAAUUCUUGGCUGAUGACGAGUUGAAGUAUCUGAUAUUAGAGGUUAAUAGAUUUUUAUUUUUAGAUAUUAUUAGAUGUGAUUUUACUAUGUUGCAACAUACACACACACACACCUGGAAUUGGAAUUCCGCCAUACCCACUAUGGGCUUCGGCAUCGCAGAACUUUUCGCCAAGAAGAGCGGUCAUUGGCUUGUGACGGGUCAAUAUUCAAUGACACCAGGUCUCGUUGAAUGGUAUCAAUCCACCUGUUCUUUGGACCAUGCUGAGGGCAUUUCACAUUAUGCAACUUGCUUCUUAGCAACAACUUUUGUGGACGAGAGACGUUCAUCUGUUGUAAAUGACCAAGCCACUGCAAUCUUUGAUGUUGAAUUUGACGUUCAAUUGGUUCUUCCUUAUCAGAUUUCAAAUUGAAGGAAUUUCUUAUCUUGUUCAGUCUUGAUACACCCAAGAUAGAUCUAAUACAGCGCAUAUGAAAAGUGUUCAGUCUUCGAAUAUCUACUUGAGUGAUUGCCCAAGUCUCACAACCAUAUAGUAAAACUGGCAUCACUAGUGACCUAAAGACUCUCAGUUUUGUGUUCUUGCUAAAUCCUCGGUUUGUGAACACUCUACGUUUCCAAGAACAGAAUGUCCUGCUAGCUUUCUGAAUACGUUCAACAACCUCUAAGUGACAAUUCCCUGACUUAGUCACAAUGCUGCCCAAAUAGCAGAAUUCAGAAACAUUCUCUAG